AUGGAGGAAAUUAAAGAAUUGCUUGUUAGAGAUGUAGUAAUCUCGAAUAAAACACUCAGACAAGCUGAUAAUAUCCUAAAAAACAUUCUUGAGAAGGAUGCUUCUCAAGCAAUCAAAGAUUUAUCCUCUCUUUUCUGCGACCAAGAUGCAAAACUAUUUCCAAACAACUUCCUUCAGCAUGCUGUUACACAAGUAGCAGGAAAGCAAUUAGCUGAUCAGUACGCUAAUCUAUGUAAAGAAAAAUUAAAACUUUCUUUCUGGGAAGCAAUACCACCGAACGUUUGUUCAUUGAUCAACUUUUGGACAAUGUAUGGAAACAAGAUUACUUUCGAAGGAAAAGAAGUCUCAUUUGUUCUUACAAUUUGCAGAAAUAUCUUAAAAUUCCCACAACACUCAUUCAAAACUCUACCAAAAGUCAUUGAAGGCUUUGUUGCCUUUGUAAAUGAAACCAAUUUCAGUUUUGGUAUCGAAUUACAAAGCCUUGAGAACGAUUUCGAAUCAACACACUUACUUUCCUACUUUACAACAGCAUUUCUCAAUGUUGCCAACCACGAAAUGAACUACGAAUCUCUUGGUGCUAUCAGAUUCAUUGCCAGUUCCAUGAUGCACCUUCAUUCCCAAGAAACUCUCAAAGGUGUCUUCUCAGUCAACCAUCUCUCACAGCAUUUACUUUCCAAGAUGACUCAGCAAAGGUUUAUCUUACUUUUGGCCGAACUCGCCAGAGAAAUGAAGUCAUCGGAAGACGCAUUAGGAGUUUUUGACCGUGCAUACAAUCUAUCGAAGACAUCAACAGAUCCAGAUGUUCUUACGAACUGUUACAACGCUGUAACUCUUGCGAUCACUACAAUUGACAACAUGAAAGACAAAUUACAAGAAUGUUCUGAUCUAAUGCUCAGAGAUUUCUCAACAGCUAAUGACCAAGUCAGGCUUUCUUUGUGUAGAAUGUUCGAUGCAAUAAUAAAGAGAGCAGAAAAAGAAGAUUCAACAGUUGAUGUUUGUCACUUUUUCAUUGAUGAAUUUCUUGACAUUCCAUGGAAUUCAAAACUAAAGAAAUACACGAUGCCAACACUUUUACAAUAUGUACAUCCAGACAAAAGUGUUCAGUUACUAGAGACAUUGUUAAAAGCAUCAGAAGACCAAAACAACAAACCGUUUAUUGCAAAAUGUAUUGCAUCUUUUACUGGUCUUAAAUAUAUCUGUUUGUCUUUCAUUGAUGUGAUGAUUAAUGAUGCAAUCAAUACAUCACAAACAGCUGCAUUAAUUCCAUUAAAUGCUCUUCUUUUCCCUCUUUUAAGAGCGAACAAAGAUUUAAUUCAUAUUAUGUAUGAAAAAAUUACAAAAGUGACACAAAAAUUUGCCAAAGCGUGGUUGAAAUUUGAACUUGUUAUUGCAGCUCCUUCUGUAACAAAAGAAGUUAAUUUUAUUUCUGAAAUAAGGGAAGAUCUUAAAUACGCCCGUAAAAAUGGAAAUUGGGAUUUAAGGUGUCGAUCAAUGCAUGCUUUUGCUUAUGCAGGAUUUCCUUAUACAGAGGAAGAUUGCGAUGAUUUCGUAAAUGACAUGGAAGGAAUUAUGUUGAUUGACUCAACAAUUCAUCAGACAGCAAUUUGUGAUUCAAUGAAUGAGUUGUUCAAAAGAAUUUCCACUCAAGGAAAGAAAUUUUCAAAUUUAAACACACAAAAAUUCCUUGAAAACUUACUAAAGGUUGUAACAAAACAUAUGGGAUCUUGCUAUAUCCCAACACAGAGAUCAUUCAGUUUCACAAUUGCGAAUAAUUUGUGGAAAUAUUUCCCUCAAAUUCAUUCGAAUGAAGAUUUGAUACUUUUGGCGUCACUUUUGAACGAUAGAGCAUUUGACAUCAGACAGCAAGUUAUUUCUACAAUGAGAGAACUUGCAAAACAAGAUAAUGUCAAAGAUUUGUUCGUUAAUCUCAAAUCAGAAGAUGUAGAAAAAUUUGUUUUGAGAUUAGAACAAAAAGUGACGGUUAAAAUUGAAGAAAAAGAUUUUCCACCGAUGGAAUACGAUCAGUUAGUUAAGAUCAAGUUAUUACUAGCAAGAAAUGACACAACAGUUGAUAAUUGUGAAUUUUACAAAGAAAAAAUUUUUGAUAUCUUAUAUUCAGAAAAAUUUGAUGAAAAUCAUUGGGAAACGCAAUCAGAGUUCUUCUCAGUUUUGUCUUACAUCUGCUUAAAACUCAAAUCAGAUAUUUCCCCAGAAAAAAUUGAAAAUGCAACUAAAAAAGUGUUUUUGUCACUUUUCAACACAAGAAUUCCAGGCUUUGUUUGUCAAAGUGUUGAAACACUUGAGAGAUUCCUAAAGAUCUGUUAUUACAUUGGCAAAUCUAAUGUUGCAGAUGAAUUCACAGUCAAACUCAUUGAAGCACUGAAUUCUUAUGACAUGGCAAAUAUGAGGAGAUCUGCAGGAUUACCAUUCUUAGCUUUGGCGUUGAUUCGAUCAGAACCAGCUAAUUCACCACUAAAUCUGUUUGUCAGACUCAUCACUGCAUUGAUUAAGUUGAUAAGAGAGACAGAGAAUGAUACAGAAGCAGCAAACGCAAUGAACAUUCUCAAAGCAAUUGUUAAUGAAUCUGAAUCUUCUGCAAAAUGUGAACCUUUGUUUGGAGAAAUUUUAGCAGUAAUAUUUGAUGCUGCUUACAGAUUUAAAUCAUGGGAUGUUAUUUCUGCUGUUGAUUUAACAUUAGUUGCUUUCUUACAUAAGACUUGCAACAUUGGAGGAAUUGAUGCAGCUGCUUCUACAUCAAUUAUUCGCUACCAGUUCUUCUCUAAAAUACAAAAUUCAAGAGAAACUCUUUUGACAGCUUUGAACUCAUUCAAUUCUCACGCAAUUUACAUGGCAAAUGCCAUUUUAGAAUUGUUCAAAGCAGACACAGGAGAUAAAGAACUGAGUGAAGCAAUCAUUCAGCACUUGCAAUCGAGAUUAUCAAGAAUAAGAAGAGUUGCAAGUCGUGCUUUGUUGGCUGUUUAUCCAAUCACUGAAAGAAGGAAAUUAUUUGAUAUUUUGUCAGAAAGAAUGUGCGGACAUGGCUGGAAUACUUUCCAUGGAUGUGUCUUGGCAAUGCGAUUAAUAAGUGAAAUAGAAGAUGUCAAAGGUUGCUACGUUCCUUACAUGAAUGUAAAUGUCAUUCCUCCAAUGGCAAGAGAAGAUUAUUUGAUCUGUGCAAAUGCAGCGAAAGUCAACAUUCAACCACUGAAAUUAGUGCAAGGACACUUUAUUUCUGAUGAAGCAAGUGCAUUGGCAUAUUGUGGAAUUUUCAGUGACACAAUGACUUCGAGAACAAUUGUUCCUUUGUUGAGAAAUUGGAGUGAAAACAAAGAAGUUCCGAAAGAAAUGUUCGAUUUCCUUUUGUCAAAAAUCAUCUCUGAUGAUGUUUUGGAUAUGAACGAAGCUGUUUCUAUCAAUGCUUCUCAGUUCUUGUCAAAGAGAUUGCCAAAUAACUAUAUAUCGAAUGAGAAACUUCCGAAGUUGAUUGAUUUAGUAAUGAGAGCUCAUUCUGUUGCAUUAAGAAGUUCUUUGAUUUCUUUGUUGACAAAAAUGGAAAAUCCUGAUAUCAAAGAAAUCGAAAAAUGCAGAGAUUUGUUCAUUUCUGAGUCAAUUGAUUUCUCUUCUAAGAUGACUCCUGUUCAUUUAUCAUUGGCUUCUAUUACGAAUUUACUUCUCAAGUCAGAGAAAUUGAUUCCUGUUGUUUUCUUGUUAGUUAUGAAUGAUAUUCCUGCUGUUAGAACGAAAGUUUUGUCUUCUUACGCAUUGAUGAAUAAUGAUGAUAUGAAAUGCGAAAUGUUCGUGAUGGAUGAGUUGUUGAAGAAGAUUUCAAAUGAAACGAAACAUGAAAUUGCAAAAUUAUGGAUAAAGAAUUUAGAAAAUCAGUUGGAAGUUGAUGAAUGGGGUGAACCAACUUCUUUGUUCGUAGAUGAACUGUUCAUUCCUAGAUAUUGCGUCCCAGAGAUUAAUAAAGCAACAAAGAAUAUAAAUCCAUUACUUCCUAUCUUAGAAAUGAGAAAAGAAUUCGUGAAUAUCGCAAAGAAUUUAGCAUAA